CACGAUCUUGUAGGUUGCUCAGAAGCACUUCGGCGAAAACUUCAGCACAGAACCCCGAAAGAUAACAAAUGGCAGAGUCUGAAGAAGCUGUUGCAUGCAUUGAUUCUAUGAAUGAAACUGUCUUAAAAUUUUUGAGUGCAUUGGAUGAACUGGAUUCACGGAAGAAUCCAUCUCUGCAAAGCAAGAUUCCGGUGGAAAGUAGCAAAGAAUGUGUGCAGAAACUACAGAAAUUUUUUCAGAAAGAAUUUAGACAACUAGAAGAGAAGGAAAACUUUUUUGAGGAAAUGAAAUCUGAGAUUCAGGAAGUGCUUGCAGAAAGAGAAGCAACAAUUGCUGAUAGAGAACGCACUCUGUUGGAUCGCCUCCAAGAGAUGAAAGACAUAUCUGUUUCUGCUUUAGUGGAGGCUUGCAAAAAACGUAAGAUGGCACCUCCCAUGAAAUCGGGUAGUGAGUUAGGCCCUCCCAGAGGCAGUCAUAAAUCAGAAAAGGUUGCAGAAGCUAAGGACAAUGAAGUGAUGACACUUCAUGAAUUGAAACAAUUUUGUAAGAAGAUGGAUGUUGAAGGUGUGCUCAGAUAUGUUACAUGCAAAUGGAAACACUUUAAUUUGUGCUCAUACUAUGAAGAACUGUCUAGUGCAAUCAAAUCUGCACCCCAACCAGCUCGUUUGGUACUGAAUAUCUUGGAGAGCCUGCUAUUUCCCUCAAUCCCAUCAGGCUCUAUUGCAAAAGGGAAGGAUAUAUCCCCAAAUAUCAAGUUCAAAGCUUGUCUAGUUUUGAUAGAGUCUCUUGUUUUUCGACAUGGUCGCCAAAAAUACUAUGAAAUUAAGAAUCAGGCGAAAGCCAUUGCGCGUAAGUGGAAAGCUACACUGGGACAUGUGGACCUAAAUUCUUGGUAUGUGAAUAAACUGCAAGCUCAAGGACUCGUGCAACUUCUUGUGACUUAUGGCAUCACUGCAGAGUUUGAUGAGAAUGAACUUUGCAAGCUUGUACUUGCCAUUCCUAAUGCUAAACGAGCAUCAGUUCUCUGCCAAUCCCUUGGAUUGGCACACAGAGUACCGGAAGUGGUAGAGGCUCUUGUGAACAGUGGGAAACAAAUUCCUGCAAUUCAUUUCAUUUUUGCUUUCGAUCUUGGCAAGAGCUAUCCUCCAAUAUAUUUGUUGGAGGAUUACUUGAAUUCUGUGAGGAGCAAGGCACAUUUGAAAGUUCAGACAGAUGGAGCUGCUGGUGUGAAGAAUGCCAACAACGAAGAACUCGUCGCAUUGAGGAACGUUGUCUGGUGUGCUCGAGAAUACGAACUUCAAAGAGAGUACAAUCUGGAUCCUUUGCAGACAAGAAUUAUGCAGCUGGAGGAUGCAAAGGCGAAAAAACGAAAAGUUGCAGAAGAUGCUGCCAAGAACAGUGUUAAAAGAGCUCGAGUUGAUGAUUAUAGAAGUCAUGCACACAAAAGACCUGCUAAUGAUCAAGAACCAUCACUCUUCAUGCUUCAAUCAAAUAAGUAUCCUGUGAAAAUCUCCUCCUGUUAAAGAGUAAGUUUGCAGUAAUUUUGGUGUUUAUUUCAACCAUGAAAAUUAAUUACAUCUCAUCUCUAACUCAAAAAUGUUUGUGAAAUGACUAAUCCUUGUUGAACUUAAUGUCUUAUCAUUCCAUUUAUUUGUAAAUCCAUAUCGUUAUUAUGUUAGUGCAAAGGUCUGAAAUUU